AUGGAAUCAAUGAAGCCACACAUCCCCCCAUUGAAGAUCUCGAAAUCCAAUUCCAAUUUAUCAGAUUCGACCAACGACCCAAAAUCUAUACAAAAUCGAUUCUAUUCCGCCUGGGGUUCAUCAGAGAUGACCCCUCCGUUAACACCACACGACACCCAGGACACAAAUAUGGAACAAUUGGAGGCCCCGAGGCCUGUCUUUCACAACUAUCUGCGCGCCUUCUACCCUUUCCACCCGGCCGGCAAUGUCUCUCCGUCGACCGUUACACUCCCUCUGGACCAGGGAGAUAUCAUUUUGGUACACUCCGUUCAUACCAAUGGCUGGGCCGAUGGUACACUAUUGGAUUCUGGGAAUCGAGGCUGGUUACCCACCAAUUACUGUGAAGCAUACGACCAAUUACCUAUGCGCCCCUUGUUGAAGGCCUUGACUGAUUUCUGGGAUAUCAUUCGAGGAGGAUGCGGGUCAUCACUAAGAGAUUUUGGAAAUCAAGAUUUGAUGAGAGGUCCUAUCGCGGGCGUUCGGUUUUUACUGGAAAAAUCAGAAUGUCUUACUCGAGAAUCAUCCCUGAUAAGGAGAUUCGAUGGACUACGGAGAAUUAGGAAGGCUUUACUAUCGGAUCUGUCUUCGCUGGUGAAAACUGCGAAGAAGUUCCAGGACGUUGCGAAUGGGGUCCCGUCGGAAGAUGAGGUCGAGGCCAUUUUGGACGAGAUGCUUCUUAAGGCUUUCAAGAUUGUUACACGAGGAGUUCGAUUCCUCGAUGUGUGGAAUGAGGAGGUUGGCCUGAGCAGGACUAUCGCGGAGAUGGAUGGGCCCGGCGAGAGCCAAGGCCAGUACAGCCUGCCGCCCACCCCCGCAUCCGAGAAUUUCAAUUUGGGCGAGGAUGGGCCUGAUCGGUCUGAGUCACGGAUGCUGGAAUCACGAUUGGAAUCACGGAUGGAGUCGCGUCAGAGGAGCCAUAGCCGUAUGGAUAUGAGUCGGUCAUCGAUGCGCACUGAGAUGGUUGACAGACCAGUUUCUGUCGCCACGAAGCGGGUUUCUAUAUCUCAUCGCAUGUCAGUCUCCGGUCCGUCUACUGCCAUCGGUGCCCAGAAUCUGGCAUCAGAACGCCUCGGAACGACCUAUGAUGCGUUCCUCGGCGUGCUUGGCUCGUUUAUUGGGCUCCACAUGCAGUCCCGCUCCUCGACGGAGUUGGUUGUCACUACCCAGCAGGCCGUCCAGUCGUGCAGGCAAUUGCUAAAUGUCGUUGAGGUAGUGUGCGAGCAUGACACACAUCGUAGCGUGUUUCUCGAACAAGCACGGGAGUCAAUGUGUGAGAGGCUAUCCGAGCUUGUUCACGCUGCACGCGAUGUGUUCCGCCCUGCACACCUACCAGACGAUGAUCUUGUGUUCAUGCCAGAUCAAGGGAAACGCCUUGUGGAUGCUGCGACUGACUGUGUUAGAGCAGCCGGAAACUGUUUGGCGAAGGCUCGCCUGGUGCUUGAGCAAAUUGGUGAUCUUCAGCUUGACCCAGAAGAGCCCGAAGACAAGGGACAGGACUUGUCUGGAAUUGACUCUGCACGAGAUGAAUCAGAGACUCCCGUAGAACCGGAGCGACAGCUGUCACUCCGCCUUCCCCCUCCUCCUCUUCAGAUUCCCACCACCACAUACUCUCCCCCAACACCUGCUCUCACCGACUCUACCACACCUUCAUCCUUCCAGUCUCAUCUCACAAAUUCUCCCGCCAACAAUAGCGCUCUUUCCUCCCUCCCCAACUCUGCCAUCCUCCCCACCCACCUCGAGAACAUCUCUUCCUUCUCCUCCACUGACAGUAGCUACCGUGAAAGUCAUCCCAAGUCCGACGUGAGCGAAUCAUUUGGACGUGGGGUCACAAGCAACGGUAGCAGCUUCACAUACAACCACCACGCACGUGACUCCGAGAUGAGCGGUUUGUCGCAAACCUCAACUCGGGCUACCUCGCCGGAUAUUGGUGGUAGCUUCCAGGGUAGCUUCAAGGUUCACUCACUAAAGGAAAGUAUGAGCUACUCGACCCUCGCCGAAGAAAACGAGGAGACCGAGGCCAACAUCCUGGAAAAGACUUACGCACACGAGCUUAUCUACAAGGAAGGUUCGGUCAUGGGUGGCAGUCUCCGUGCUCUUAUUGAGAAGCUGACGGCUCACCAAUCCACCCCCGAUGCCAUGUUUGUCUCCACCUUCUACCUUACCUUCCGUCGCUUUGCCUCGCCUCUUGAAUUCGCCGCGGCCCUUGCUGAGCGCUUCGAGUACAUUGGCGAAACACCCCACGCAGCUGGACCCGUCCGUCUCCGUGUUUACAACAUCUUCAAGGGCUGGCUCGAGUCCCACUGGCGCCACGAUCGUGAUAACACUGCCUUGGAUUUUAUUAUCAACUUCGCCAACACACGACUUGUCGUUGAUCUCCCCCACUGCUGGUAA